CUUCUUUAUAUAGUCAUCACGGCGGCAAAAUUCUUGAAGUUCAAGAUGACCGUGACAAACACACCGCCAGCGUUUCCAGUCUUGGUAUGUCUUCGCCUUCUGCUCGCCGUUCUACCACUUCCAGGUCAACAUCUCCUCAAACAUGACCACCAACUCAGCUCUCCACUGACCUCCUACCUUCGCUUGAACGAAGGUCUUUGGCUCCUCGACAAUAAUAUCGACCCAUACAUGGGAGGAGCUUUUCACCAUUCACCUCUCCUACUCUCCUUAUUUUCAACCAUCGUACCUCCAUUCCCAAUAGUAUGGGCUGUAUCUGAUGCAGUGGGAGCAUGGGCGCUUCUCCGCAUAUGGCGUGCACGCCAGGGUUUUUUGCCUCACAAGGGCACGAGGUUCAAUGCAGAGAACCUCGUCGUAAGCGUCUACUUGCUGAAUCCCUACCUUCUCUUUCCAUCGCUUGCGUUAUCAACAUCCACAUUCGAAAAUACGUUCACCCUCCUUGCUCUCAUGUUCGCAUCUGAAGGUAAACCAUCUUCCGCUCUCCUCGCUAUCGCAUUCGCAGUUCAUCUCGCCCCCUCCUCUAUCCUUCUCCUUCUACCAAUUCUUAUGGUUCUCGUCACCUCUCCCACAUCUCACCUUGCUUCGCCUCGCCCGUUCCAUGGCAGCCUGAAGCGUAUACCGUUCCUCUUUGGUGAGUUCACACUAUACUGGCUCGUCCUUGUAGGCGCAGCAUGUACCAUGGCGGGCGGAGGCUGGAAUUGGGUCAGUGCAUCAUGGGGCGCGAGCCUCACACUGCCAGACCUUACGCCUAACCCCGGUCUUUGGUGGUACUUCUUCACUGAGAUGUUCGAUCACUUCAGACCAUUCUUCCUCAUGGUCUUCUCUGUUCACCUUGUCAUAUAUAUAUUACCGAUUUGCAUAAAAUUCCAACACGACCCCCUCUACGCCGCAUUCCUCCUCAUAGGCGUCUUGGGGACGUUCAAAGCAUACCUCACUCUCGCAGACCCAGGUUUGUUCUUAAGCAUGAUAUCUCUCUUCCCUGAAGUACACGGCUACCUCCGAUACCCCAUCAUCACUACACUCCUCCACUUGCACGCCGCGCUUCUCCUUCCGCUUCAACAUGUACUCUGGGUAAGCGAGGGCCGUGGGAACGCGAAUUUUUACUAUGCUGCGAGUCUUGUUAUGGGGAUGGCGGGUGGCGCGGGGCUUGUAGAUGCGUGUUGGGCGGGGAUGAGGAUUGCUGUGGGGGAUGCUAAAGUGGGGGCUGAGGAGAAGGUAGAUGGUAACAAGGUGAAAGAGGUGUGGUGGGAGGUGGUACAACAGUGAGGAGUGAGCAAUUAUUCGAGGCUGGUGUGCAUCAUUACCGUUUUGCGUGCAUAAUUUGAAUGGACGAGAUAUAACUAGUAAUAAGGUAUUUGUAAAUUUUCUUUGGACCUU